AUGUUCCCUUGUCCCCUUGACGUGGCAGGAGCUUGGUCCAUCUGGCGUGCCUUGGGCGUGAACUCUUUUGAAUUCGCUGGAGAUGCUGUUUCGUUGCUGCAAAUCAAAGCCAAUAUCCAAGCCAACCCAAGCAGGGCCAACACCAAGGGGUCGAGUUUGGCAUCAGAAAGGGCCAGGCUGAAGUCCUUGGCCGAGAGUCUGGCACGAGAGAGAGACGAGCUGGACAGAUGGAAGACCUCGGCUUUUGUGGAGAUAAGCGACCACAAAAGUGCUGUUGCUAAUGCAGCAGCUGCAGCACUUGCGCUUGAGAGCGGGAGCGUUGCCAAGAUGAGAUGGAAACUUGCGACUGCAAGAAUCGUGAAUCUCUUGGGUAAGCGCGACAAGAUGUCCCUGGUUGACAAGAUGAAAAAGAACAUGAAGUCGUCUAUGCUGGCAACGAGUGUGAAGACCGGAGUGCCAUGGUUACGCCGAGUGGUCACCAGCUACUCCUUCGAGCUGUUUUUUGUUUUCUUAAUCGUGCUGAACUGUAUCUCGAUGAUGGUGCAAAUCGAGAUGUUCGGGUUGUUCUUGGCCACUACUUUGGAUAUACAAACAUCAGCAACCACUGCUUACAGCGACGUCUUCUAUAACAUCGAGCUCGGUUUCGGAUUGGUAUUUUCGGUGGAGAUUCUUAUCAAGUUCUUUGCCUUCGGGUUGUGGGACUUCUGGAAGUAUGCCUGGAACUUGCUGGACUUGUUCAUUGCAAGCAUCCCAGUCCUUUCCUGGGCUGUCGACGCUGCCGGACUGGCGGUGGAGAUCAAUCCCAUGGUGUUGCUGCCUCAGCUGCGGCGCGCGGCCAGCUCUCUAUCACCAUACCUCCGGAUGCAGCAUGUGCGAGUGCUGAAGGUGAUCCAGCGUUUCGACUCGCUCCACCUCCUUUUGGGCUCGAUCAGAGCAUCUUUCGAUAUCCUCGCAUGGUCUGCACUCGUCUUGCUGAUCAUGAUGACGGUGUGUGCUCUAGCGUUGUCUCAGUUUCUUCAAGGGUGGAUCGAGGCUUCUGAAGGCGCGGACAAAGUCAUCCGACAAGAAGUCUGGGCGCUGUUUGGGACUGUUGGCCGCUCCAUCGUCUCGAUGUUUGAGCUGACACUUGCUAAUUAUUCAGGCAUCACCCGAUCCCUGAUGGAGAAUGUCAGUGCUUGGUUUGCUGCUGGAUCCCCGGAGAAGAUGUCGGUCGCGAUUCUGGUGUACAAGCUCGUGGUUGGCUUCGCAGUUCUUAAGGUCAUCACAGGUAUCUUCAUCCAGCAAACAAUGCGAGUGGCCAACGAGGAUGACGAACUCCUGCUGUUGCAGAAGAAGAGGCUCGUCGACAGCCAUGCCAAAGGGGUCAGCAUGUUGUUCCGAGAGUUGGAUUCCGAUGGCAGCGGUGCGCUGGACUUGACUGAGUUCAAGAGGGCCCUGAAGGAUUCACGGUUCAAAAUUUGGAUGGCGGCCCUGGAUCUGCAAUCCUCUGAUGCAGAAAAUCUCUUCAAGCUUCUCGAUGAUGGGGACGGACAGAUCUCUUAUCAAGAGUUCCUGGCCGGAGCGAAGCGCUUGAAAGGGACGGCGCAGUCGAUCGACCUGGUGACUUUGAUGCGGAGCUCUGGACAAAUGCAGGUUGAUAUUCAAGAGAUGCGAUCCUCUGUGGACAAGAUUGCAGAAAAGCUGUCGCUGAUGAGAAAAUGA